UUGACUGUACUGUAAAUAUAUUUGAACAGCCAAAAUCAUGGCGACGUUGGAUUUCCAACGCUGAGAUAAAAUUAAACAUUUGUGUGGACUUAUAUAUAUUUAUUUGGUCAUGGGCUGUUAUAAAUCAUUUAUACGCAAAAUAAACGAAAUUAAAGACGUGCGAAGUCGGGUUUGGACAUAAUGGUAUAACUUCAUGUUGGUUUGAAGAUUCACCCAAAAUGGCCAGGCUGGAUUUGAAAGAGAAUGCAUCAGAUGAUACCAAUCAUCCAGUGGAAUUAGAAGAGUCUCAAGAUACAUAUUCUACUGAUACAGAAGUUCAGUUUGACGAGGCAGAAAGAGAGUUGUGCAUAGGCAUUGGAUCGGAGACAGACACUGAAUGUGAUGCAGAUCCAUAUGAUGAAAUAUCAGAUUGUGAUUCAGAGACAUGUGAUAGUGAUAUACCAUAUACAAUUCUUCAAAUACCAGCAAUGAAUAUUCCAAACAGAGAAGAGGAUUCAUUGAUUACAUUGAAAGAAAUUCCUCAACCUAACUAUCCAGAAAGUGUGACUAAGAAAGGAAACAUACCCACAAUAGUUUCCUGGGACUUAAUAGAGAUAGAUAUUUGCAUAGAUAAGCCACAGACAUUUGAAGAGUGGAAGUUGCCAAUGCCACAUGAGGUAUCUGGCUAUGAGCAGUAUAGCAGACAGGAAGAGAUCCAGUCUGAUUCGACCACAGUCGCUGAAAAGCUGCAAGAACAAUCAGAAGAUGAAACAUGUAUCACUUUAGACACAGUAGAAGAAAAGGAUAGUGAUAACAAAGAAAAGGGGGUAAAUGAAGCAGAAAUUAAAGGAGAAUUGCAAGCAGCUAUAGACUUUGUUGAUUCAAAGGUCACUCUUGAUGAAGGCUAUGAUGAACACUAUUUGAUAGGACUUGACAUUAACAAAGUUUUAGAUGAUGCACACGACAUCGAUAUACAGACAAUGAACUUUGUAGCUAGACUUCUGAAAAGAAAAUUUGGUUGCAAUGUAGGGAUGUUGCUUCCAGGAUUUUUGUAUGAACGUGCAAGUUUUGAAGGCACUGCUCAGAUAUCAGAAGUUGGAAGAGGCACAAAUGCAGUCCAAAUACACUAUUUACAAAAUCAUUUUGUUGUGUCAGCACAAUUCAAUGGAAGGAUAUAUGUGUAUGACAGUUUAGAUAAUAAAAAACAUUUAGAAAAUGUGGUUUCUCAAUUGAAGCCCCAGUUAAAUCUUCUGUAUGAGAACACUGAAAGCAUUCAGCUUGUUGUGCUUCAGUCACAGGGAACAUCAAAGUUGUGUGGAUGUUUUGCUGCAGCAAAUGCCUAUAAACUGCUGGAGCUGCUGCAGAAUAAUUCCAUACCUGCACAAACAAUGUACAAGAUAUCACAAAUGCGGCAACACCUUUAUUCUUGUUUAGAUUCAAAGCUGAUGCAACAAUUUCCUGAGGAAACACACUACCAGACUGCUGGCAAGGGAGAAAAGAGAAGGGACUUGGAUACUGAACCUGCAGGCAGACUGAUGAAUAAGGAUAAGGUACCAGGUUGGGACAUUACCACUUUUGUCACGCACGGUAACUUCCAAAGUUAUCCAAAACACAAAAUGAUGUCUAAAAUUAGAUCUGAUGGAAAAUUAGCAUCAAGAAUCAUGAAUUUUUCUAUUGUUCCACUGCUUGUCGCGCAAGAGUAUGCAUGGAACAUACCAUAUCUUGGAAGAGGCCUCCAUGUACUUGGCACAAGAAGAAUUGAUGAAAGGAAUAUGGAUGAUCCAAUAAGAAUUUUGUACCAGAUGACUUCAGCACUGCAGUUCGUAGAAAAAUUUAAUCCAGUAUUCAGGGAGACUGUGUGUGUACACCUAGACCUUAAGUCUAGGAAUGUUAACAUUAUUCUAGACUACAACCAAAAUGCAGGACUGAUAGACUUUGGUCUAGCCAGGGAAAUAAAUGAAACAGACACCAGUUUAAACCUGCCAGAACCGAAAGUUCCAAAAUUUUACUUUGAUUGGAGUAUGGUGGACAGUUCCUUUCCUUGCUCUGAAUUUCUUCACUUCGUUCCAGAACCAGUGGAGAAUAGUUCCCUGAAAAAUGGAUUUUCCAAACUUGUUGGAGAGUUUGAUGUUGGAGCAAAUGUUCUGAAAGCAGGCCAUUCAGAACUUGUAGAUGGGCUUGUUGCUGGAAAAGAAUUUUUGAUACAGUUGAAUAGAAAAGAGGAAAGUCUGUCACUGCUUAGAGAAUGCGUGUAUCUCUUUAGAGAUCAGCAUGAAUGGAAUGAACUUGUUGUGCACGUGGUGAUGAGUGGGGGUGAAAAAACAUAUGAACAGUUUAAAUGUUUUCUAAAGCAGACAAAUCAGGAUACUCUUCUUCAGUAUUUGACUCAGUUGGAAGACAGGUUCUAUCGCAAAAGGUAUGACAAGUAUCUGAAGAAAACAACAGAUGAUUCUACAUUCAUCAAAAGGACACUGACAGAAGUACAAAAUACAUGGGUGAGAUUUGAAGGUGAGCCCUUAACUGAGGUGCAACAAACACUGAAGGGAAGGCAACUGGCUUUACUCUCAACUGGCAGAUUGCAGAAUUACGGCGAUUCCGGAGACAAUCCUGGGCUUCAAGCUGUUCAAAAGGGGCAGCUGAGACGGGAAGAGGUUACUAGCUGCCCCAAGACAAGUGUCAUAUGUGUACUGAUUACAUUACUCAUUUCCUGCCUCAUCUCACCAUGUUCAUCAACAUCAAAAAUACCUGUAAAAAGAAACACAUUUAGAACAAUUAUAUUUCUUUCGUUGCUGUGUUUCUCACAAGCAGGAUAUGCUUGGUAUCCAGGUCAAAAUGACGGGGAUAACAGUAGACAUCUUGUUGAACCAUUCGAUGGAGCUCUUGUUCAUAUCAGCAAGGCAUGGGACCUUGUUGAAGAAAUAAAAGGAGAAAGAAAUGGUAUCUCAGAGUUGGAUAUUUUUAAUGAACUUGUGGAUUAUGACGAACUUCUUUUUGGUGAAUUUCGAGAUGGAUGGUUACCUUUUAAAAUUCAAGGUGAAAUGCACAUAAAACAAUAUGACAAUGCAAAUGAGGGGUUUGAAGUUCAGUGUGGAGGUGAAAAUAUCUUGUUGGAGAAAUUCACAAAAUUAGGAUUUGAUGUUGGUCAAACAUAUUGGACAGAAAUUCGUGUUUGUAUCAGUGAUCCACUGCAAAACACAACUAAAUAUCAGAGAACAAAUACCAAAAAUGUAUUUCCUGAAAAUGCCCAUUUGCAGUGUUUCACACAAAUUAUGGACCUGCCAAUCAUGCAGAGGUGUAAAGAUGAAACCACAUGUUUUUUGAAUUGCACACACAGCAAAAAAUCAUUUACUGGAGUGUUUGAAAUUACAAAAUUGUAUGAGGAACUAUUUACAGAAUUGAUAUUUUUUGUGUUGACGGUCAUGACAGCUACCCUCUUUUUCUGCUGUAUGAUAUAUGAACAGUCGUAUGUGGCACCAGUUUCAGCCUCUGGUGGAGCAGGUGUUAUCCUGUUGUGUGUGAUGAUUACUAUAUAUGUAAUAGUAUGGAUAACAUUGAGAGUGAAGAAAGAAAACACAGACACUUGUGAUCAAGUGGUUGUCGGCGAUAACAGACUCCAUAGUGAUGCAUGGAAGAUGCUUUUGUUCCUUAUUGGUCGGAACUUUUGUGGGUAUACUGGACAUGAUGUGAAUGUAACACAAACCUUCAGGGUGAUUGCUGAUAAUACUAGCAUUAAGUUUACCAAUGACAGCAAUCUUUAUUCCAACGACAGCAGUCUUUAUUUUGUAAGUGGAAUCCUUUUAGAUGACUGGAAACAAAAUGUGCUGAAUGAGGGCUGCAGGAGCUGUACAGACCAGCAGAAAGGUCUAAAUAUAUCCAUAUUUGGGGGAGAAAACGAACUUGCACAAGAAUCUGGCAGUGAUGAAUGUGAAAGUGAGCCCUCACAAACAGUUUUAGGUGUUGGACUUCUGUGUGUUCCAGUCAAAGUACUGUUACUGUUAUGCACAAUGUAUGCUGGCAUCAGAAAAUACUUCUUUGUGAAGUCAACAUCCUCAAUAGCUAUCCAGGAAACAUGUGAUAAUGUUCUUGAUGUAACACUUCAGUCAGAGCAUGGAGAAGCAGAGAGAAGUGAGCAUCACAGUUCGUGCCAUUCAUGUGAAGCUGAAAAGGUGUCACAUUCUGAGAAAACUGAAAAUGAAUGGGAUGAUUAUAUAUGCCUGCAAGGAAAAGGUAAAAAUAUAACUCAUAAAGACAUAGAAAAGGAAAGGCAUUUCCAACAGACUGAACAUUAUACUGCAGAAGUAUAUAAAUCUGAAGAUACAGUUCCCAGUGACUUUGAACCUCUUGAAGCUGCUGCUGCUGAUGAUGUAUAUAUUCAUGACUCUGUUGCAACAAAAGCAUAUAUGCCUUCAAAAGAUGAGGAGAUUAUAUUUGAAAAUGCUAUAGAAAAUGCAACUGAUGUAGACUUUGGAAGCUUUGAAGAAGAAGAAACUCAACAGAAAAAGUAUGAAAAUGAUUCAAGGCAUGAUGAUUUUAUGAGACAGAAUAACAGGGAAAGGUUGAGGACAAAACAUGGAAAUGGUGAAACAGGUGAUGAUUUUGUUGGAUGUGAUGAUGAAAAUGAAACCAUAGAUGUUGGUUCUGCUAGAUUUGAAGAAAACAAAUAUAUAACUGAUGUUGAUUUUGUUGAGUUUGAAAAUGAAACAGCAGCUGUUGACUUUGUUAGGUUUGAAGAAAACGAGGAUAACACAGAUGUUGAUUUUGGUGGGUUUGAAAAUGGAACAACAGCAGUUGACCUUGAUAGGUUUGAAGAAAACAAGGAUUACACAGAUGUUGAUUUUGGUGGGUUUAAAAAUGAAACAAUAGGUGUUGAAUUUGAGGAGAAACGUGAAAAUUGUUCAGAUCAAGAUGACUUCAUAAAACAAGGGAUCAGGGAUGAUACAGAUGUAACUCAUAUAAAUAUACUGGCGCACAGCAAUUCAGAAGCAAAACAGAUAAAAUUUAAUAUUGACAAAGGUGCACAAGACAGAAAUUCUCAUUAUCCCUCAAGAAGUAAAAGGAAAGGGUCUUACGAAGCAAAAACCUCAGACACAUUUUAUAUGGCUGAAAUUGAAAAUAGUAACGGAAAUGAUGAUUUAAACGUAACAAUACCUCCACCUUUUGGAUCAAGUUUACCACUUGCAGAAAAUGAUGAAAUACCAGAGAAAUCAAAGCUCAGAUUAAAAGUUAUCCCAAGUCCAUCACAAAAAAUAAGACAACAGUCUGCGGUAGAAGCUGUUGCAAAAAAAGUUGCCCAUUUGUCAUGUAAAAGGCAGCAAAGUUUUAAAGCAUUUAAAAAUCUUAAGUUUAAGGUGGAAGUUGAAAGAUCAAGAAAGGAAAACACAGACUGCACCUUUACAGAAGAUGAGUUUGAAACCCUGUUAGCUAUAAGAGCCUGCACAUGGCUACCAUUAAAUGAACUACCAGUACCAGAAAUAAAGAUUACAGUGGCUUUCGUUCCAAAGUUUGAACCACUUUUGUCAAUAAUUGAGCAAAUUGCAAAUGGAACACCUCCAACACCACAUGUUUCUAUGAGAUAUGAACUUCUGCGUUUCUGCACACUGAGAAGCUAUCCAAAGGAAAACAAACCAUAUCUCAUCAAACUAGCAGAAGCAGGUUUCUACUAUGCCUCAGAUGGUGAUGGUGUCGUCUGCUACUGCUGUGGAGUUCGAAGAUAUAACUGGGUAGCAGAAGAUAUGCCGAUGAAAAUUCAUGAAAGAAUAAAUCCAAACUGCAAAUUCCUGAGAAAAAAUGAAGAAGUCAAUGUACCUGUUCAGUACUUUGGGCCAUUCAGCAGAGCCUUGAUGGCUAUAAUGGACAUACCAGAACCAAGGGAAAGAUCAGAACAGAGUGAAGAUGUAAACAAUGACUGGGCACCAGAAAGAAUUCGCAGUCCAGCACCUGCUCAACAAAACCAACAAGUUGAAACUGGAGCAAAUUCCCUAGGUAUAAAUACAGCAAUCCCUAAACACACCCAAUAUGCUACAAAGACAGCUAGAGAAGGUAGCUACAGUGGAUGGCCUGAUACAGCCAGCCAUACCCCACAGGAACUUGCAGAAGCUGGUUUCUUUUAUGCAGGUUUUGGUGACUGUGUCAGGUGCUUUUACUGUGGGAUAGGUCUUCGUCACUGGACGAAAGAUGACAAUCCAUGGAUAGAGCAUGCCCGCUGGUCUCGGAACUGUGUCUUUGUAAAACAGAAGAAAGGGGAGGAGUUUGUCAACCUCGUCCAACUUGCUGUUCAGUACUCCCAAGAUAAUGAAGCACAAUCAAAUAGUAGUGCCGGGAACCAGUUACCAGUACAGGAAAUAGAGAGAAUCUUGCUCUCGGAUGCUGCACAGAGUGUUUUAGAGAUGGGGUACCAGCCAAGAAUUAUCAAGAAGGCAAUAGAACAGAUACUAAGACAAGAUAGAAAUGCAAAAAUUACAGCUCAGAUUCUGAUGGAGAAGGUAUUAGAGAUCGAGGAAGCAGAAAAUCCACCGCAAGCUGCACCUGCACCUACCCAAGAACCUGUUGCCGCAGCUGCUGCACCCCCACAGGCCAAGCCAACUUCUCAGCCUGCUAAAACUGAAGGUGCAACGAAUAAGGAAGGUAGUCAGGCAGCUGCUAAACCAAAGGCAGAGAAAAAACCUGAUGAAGGAGCUAAGUCCUCAUUACAAAGCAAGGACAGUGAUAAGGACAAAGAUAAAAAGGAAACAAAAACAAAUUCAGAGUCAAAAGAUUUAUCAACUGAAGCUAUAUCACAAGACCCAAAGGCCAUCAAAGCAGAGAAUGAGCAGCUGAAGGAGCAGACAUUGUGUAAAGUUUGCCUGGAUAAUACAGUUUGCAUUGUAUUCCUCCCAUGUGGACAUCUUGUGACUUGCGCCGACUGCGCUCCAGCGAUGCGGAAAUGUCCCAUUUGUCGUGCCCUUGUGAAAGGUACUGUAAGGACAUACAUGUCAUAAAUGACUGAAAAUACAUUUGAAAGGUUCACAGUGAGAUGACAACAGAAUUAAAUGUUUGAGUUGUUCUGAAUAUUAGUUGGAGGCUACUCUGAGGCAAACUGUCAAGUUCAUAAAGCAAUGCACACAGUGGGACUUUUAAAGGAGUGUCGGACUCAAUUUGUUUCAAACAUCAUCCUUCACUUUGAGUACACUUGAAUGCAAGGGACAUAAAUUUUGAACUAUUGGAAAGUACUCCAAUAAAUACAAUAAGUAUUUGUAUGUACCUAAGCAUAAGAAUGUAUGUCCACCAUUUUAAAAUGUGUCAGAAAUCUGUAAUCUUUCAUAGAAACUAUUUUUGUUUUUCAUCAUAAAUUUUUUAUGCCAUGAUAUUGUGUGUGUGAAGUUGUGUUGCACUUCAAGUAAAAUUGUUUAAAAUUGAUCAGAAACUUUGAAAAGGCAUGACAUAAAGAGAAAAUUUGUUUUUUUUUAUGUAAGAUUAAAAAGGUCUUUAUUUUCAUAUAUACUAGAUUCUAGGUUCUUCUGGUAGAUGAAAUUUUGAUCUUACAAUAAACAAACAAAUUUUCUAUAUGUCAUGCCUUAUGUGAAAUGUCUUUUAGUAAUCUGUUUUGAAAUAACAUGUCUGUAAUUUCAAAAAUAUGGCAUAUUGUUGUUGCUUUAGAGUUUGUAUCAGCUUGAAAGCAUUGUAGGUAUACAAGGGUGCAUCCAUCAUUUUGUACAUUAUGUAAAUAUUGAAAAAGUUUGCCACUCUUUAGAUCAAUUUUUGAUCAGUAGUUUAAGAACAGAAUGGAAAUUUUGUACAAGAAAUAUGAAAUUAUUAUUUAAGAAUUUAAGAAUUAGAUGUUAUUUUUAUGCAUUCAGAUAGGUAUAAACUACAUUGGAACUUCUUGCAAAUCCACAGAUCAUGUAAUUCUUGAAUGAAUUACAAGAAGUCCCAGUGUAGUUCAUACCAUCAAAGAAUAGGAUUCAGUCCUAACAUUUAUUGUUGUGACUUGAUUGUUGGCAUUGGUUAAAAUUUUUGUUUAUGUCUGCCUUUUCUCAAAAACUGCAAGAGUUACAGCUUUGAAACUUUGCACACUUGUUUAUCAUCCAUCAUUAGGUGACUACACAGGCCAAGAACCAUAACUCUGUUAAGCAUUUUGUCAGAAAUAUGGCCCCUACUUGUAUUUAGAAAAUUUGAUUAUCAUUCUUGGUUAAAAAUAUUGUUUAGGUCCACUUUUUCUCAGAAACUAUAAGAACUACAGCUUUGAAAUUUUUCAGACUUGUUUAUCAUCAUUAGUUGAGUAAGUAAACCAAGAAGCAUUACUGUAACUUGCAUUUUGUUAAAAUUAUGGCUGUUUAUGUACUUAGAAAAUUUGAAUUUCUUGGUUUAAAUUUUUGUUUAGGUCCACUUCACUUCAAUACAGUAAGCAAAGUAGCUUUGAAACUUUGCAGCCUUGUUUAUCAUCUAGGCCAAGAGCCGUAAGUCUGAUAUGCAUUUUGUCUGAAUUAUGGCCCUUGAUGUACUUAGAAAAUUUGAAUUUCAUUUUAUUUAUGUUGAUUUCUAUAAGAGCUAUAGCUUUGAAACUUUGUACACUUGUUUAUUGUCAUUAGUUUAGUAUGUAGGUCAAGAACCAUAACUCUCUUUUGCAUUUUGUCUGAAUUAUUGGCCCUUUUAACUUAGAAAUUCAGGAUUUGUUUAAGUUCACUUUUCAUGAAUAAUUUCUAUAGCUACUUUCUAUAUCUUUGAAACCUCAUACAUUUUUUUGUUAUCAGUUAAGAUGAGUAAAAGGCCAAGAACCAAAAUUCGUUUUUUAACAUAUUGUCCAGCACUUGCAGAUGAUCAUUGGCAUCCGCAGGCGGUGCUCUUGUUUUAUGUUCUUUUCCAGUAUUGAAAUAUUUUUUAACAAUGCCAUUUUUUCCUGUGAAAGACAUUUGAUCACACGUGUAAUCUUGUAAAAAUGGCCACCCUUCAUAUUAUUACACUAAUGUUGUCUAUAUACAGAAACAAACAUUUUCUUCUUUCUGUACAAAACAUACAGAGAAGUUAAUUAUUCUGUGAUGGAGAACUCAAAAGUUUUCAUGACAUAAAAUCCUAAAUAAUGAUGUACCUCAUUAUAUUGUCGGAAACAAAUAUUCAUUAAAAUUGCAAACUGAAACAAAAUUAGAAUUGCCUCGGUAGCCUAGUGAUAGAGCAGUCGGUUCAGGUGAGGGAGGGUCUGGGUUAACUCUCUGAAUGUGUCAUUAUAAAAGAAGGAGAAGUGAAAAAAAAGUUUUCAGUCUAGUAGCUUUAUUGCUUAGCACUUGGCAUUAAGAGGAUAGUUCUACAACUGGUCAGCCCAGUAUCAGUAUAAAUGUGACUGGGUGGGAUAUUCCAGUGUGGCAGCACUAUAAGUUGGGCACUGUGCUCACUGCUAAAAGUAGACAACAUCUAUUAUAUAAUUGAAAAAUUCUUGAAAAGUGUGCUUAACCCAAACACCAACAGAUACACAUGUAACAAAAUCAAUCGGAAAAACACUGUCAUCAGAUAACAGAGUAAUUCUUGGAAAAAUGCCUUAUUUGAAGUUGGACACUGCUAAUGAAACCUUUGAAUAUGUUUUAGAAUCAUUUUCAACAAAUACAGAUGAAGCAUUAUAAAUAUGUCUGCAAUAAACACAUACCAGUUGGUAAAAAGUUACCAAAAAGAAUCUAUAUAUUAUUUAGUUAGAGAAUUAUCAAUAUUACAUGGUUGUCUUUUUAUAUUGAAUGGGCUUAAUAGAAUGAUUAAAUGCUCUGCUGAACAACUCUCUGUAGACAGGCACAAAAUUAAUGUAAUAAUUGUUUUAUCACAUUUUAGAUACUUUUUUGCUGGAACAUCGAAAUUUCUUCUUUUUGUCAAGCCCGCUUGUGGAAGCAAAGACAUAGUUGUCCAAAUGGCUGUUCGGUGUAUGUGCGUCCGUCCGGAUUUGUUUGUCCGAACCAUAACUUUGACGUGCAUGGAGCAAUCUUGUUCCUAUUUGGCAUGAAUGUUAACCUCAGUGAGACGGAGUGUCAUGCGCAAACCCCAGGUUCCUAUCUCAAAGAUCAAAGUCACACUUAGAGGUCAAAGGUCAAAUUCAAUAACGACUUUGUCCGGAGCAUUGCUUCUUCUUGCAAGGAGGGAUUUUGAUGUAACUUGGCACAAAUGUUCACCACCAUGAGAUGGAGUGUCAUGUGUAAGAACCAGGUUCUUAGGUCUAAGGUCAAGGUCACACUUAGAGGUCAAAGGUCAGAUACAAUAAUGACUUUGUCCGGAGCAUUUCUUUUUCAUGCAUAGAGGGAUUUUGAUGUAACUUAGCACAAUUGUUCACCAUCAUAAGACUGAGUGUCAUGCACAAGAACCUAGAAUUAGUUCCCUUUGUUGUUACUUUAAAUAGCUUAUAUUGUAACUUUUUUUAUUACUGGUCAUAGGGAAAAAUCAAGACCACUUUUCUGUAGUACAACAUGCAUGUUACAUCCAAUAUUGAGGUGUAUUUUGACCUAUCUCCACUGGUAAGGAUUUUUGUGUGGACUUCUAGUUUAUGUGUUAUAGACAAAGUUAAUUCCACCACUUUUAAGUAGAUACAGUUGUUACUAGUAUUUUCUUGUGAAGAUAUUGAAAUAUCUGUUUUCAGAAUAUUUCAUACCUAUUACAUAGUGUGUGGUUUUUUUUUUUGCUGUUUUUUUUUUUAUUUUUUUGGUAGUUUAGCUCUUUUAUUUUGAUCGUAAGUGUCUCAUGAAAGUGGUUUUUGAAAAUGUAUUGCGUGUUAUUGUAUUAAGUUUACAAUUCUUUAGUUCUUCACUUGCUUGUAUGGGAUGACGAUCAGGACUUUUUUCUGAGAUAUCAAGUGUCCACCUGAAAUAUUUAGCAUUACUUGAAAUUAUUAUUAUAAUCUUAAUCACUUUUAUCUUUAUUAUUAUUAUUAUUAUUGUCAAUAUUAUUAUGCCCCCAAAGGGAGGCAUAUUAGGUUUCAACUGUCUGUCUGUUAGUUCGUUCGUUCGUUCGUUUGUCACAACGUUAACUUUUUGCAUAAAGGCACUUUACUUGCGAACCACUGCACCCAGGACCUUCAAACUUCACAUGCUGAUAGUACUUAUUGAGUACACGACCCCUACUGACUUUGGGGUCACCAGGUCAAAGGUCAAGGUGCUGCGGGGGCAUUUGUCACCAUUAGUGACAGCUCUUGUUAUUAAUAUUAUUAUUAUUACUUUGCAAAGACUUUACGAGAUUAAGAAGAAUAGAAGAGAAUAGUUUGAGGAAUCCGUAAUUCACUUUUUGGCCCCUACCCCUCUCAGUAGCCAUAGAAUGCAUGGGCUUACACACACACGGUGAAUAAAUGAACUUGUUGCUUUAGUGUCAGUUGAAUAAAGGUCACUGUCACACUAAUAUUUUCUUUAAAAUUGGUUCAGAUCAAUAAUGAUAGUAUAUUGAUUUAGGGGUCAAAGGUCAAGGUGAAAUGAAUGUCUAGCUUGUUUAACUUUAUUAUUGUAAGAUAUUUGCAGAAUUGUAUGUCUGCUGCGUAUCCUUUCUUACUCUGUAUUUUUUUUUAAAGAAAACUUUGGACAAAUGUUUCGCAUAAUGAUGGUAUAUCAUUUUGCAUAUAGAUGAUAUGCGUAACAUUGUCAAACAGUAAGAGCAAAUAUCAUAUAGACAGUGUUUAGAUGCAUCUAUCAAGGUCAAAGUCAAUUGCUGAGAACCAAGUAUGAAAAAGUAUGCAGCAGACAUAAAAUUCUGCAAAGAUAAUAUAUCUGUCUAAUUAUACCCCCUUCCAUCAAUGCCUAUGUUUUGAAAUAUAUUUUACUUAUGUUGGUUAGAUUGUUUGUCAGUAGAGAAUUUGGUUGUCAAUCAAUUUAUAGAGAAUGCUUUGACACAGUUACCAGACUAUAUUGUCUGUAGUUAGUGGAUGACUCUAUGUUUUUGGGGUCUGUAAGUCAAAGUCACAAUGACCUUGAGAAUGAAUAUGAUUUCUGGUCAAUGAAUGGUGACUGCUUAAGACAAAAGGGUAAAGGUCAAGGUCACAGUGACCUAGAUACUUAACAUCUUUAUGGUCUUUAAGAAACCUUACGUCUAUUGCUAUCAAAUUUAAUAGCAUGAUUGUUUGUGGUCAGUAGUUAAGCAUACUUGAGAGUAAAAAUUGCACACCAAGUUACCUCCUGACAGACCAUCAUUUUGGGCUUGUGUGUUGUAUAAUAUUUUUUUUAUAAGUGCUGUUCCUGUUUGACAUCUUUAUUAUUCUUCUAGACUAUUUUUUAUAUAUAUUUUGAUUUUAUUUUUUAUUUGCCUUUAGUGAGUUAUAUCUGAAAAUGAGAGGCAGUGUUUGCAGCUAUUUAAAAAUGUUAUGUUUUGCAAUAUAAUGCAAGCUUUGUAUUGGCAGUAUAAAUCCCACAUGAUAACUCAAAUGAUAACAUGUUUGAUAAUUAUGAUUUUUCGUCAUUAAAACAUUUCAAUACAGAAAAUAUUUUUGUAUAACAUUACAGUAUGCACUUAACUUCUGUCAUUGACAACCUUUUUGAUUUCAAUGAUACAUGAGAACCAUAAUAGUCAAACAAUAAUAUAAACAUGCUGUCGUUUAAAUUAUCGUGCAGGAGUAGUACCAUCAUGUUACAUAUCUAUAUGUAGGUAAACUAGGUCAGUUUCAUAGUCUGAAAAGAUUUGUUGAAAAAUAAGGAGAUUCCAUUUUUUGACAGAUUCAAUUUAAAAUGUUUUUAAUAUGAUUAACUUGUCCCAAUUAUUAAGGCUAUUAUUAAACCCUACCCCUCACCCGCUUUAUAUUCUUGUGCCUUAGUAUUCGAGCACAUGAAGGAUCCAGCAAGGCCAGAUUUGCCGGUCUUAUUUUGUAUCCAGAGCAUAACCUAAUAACCAGUCAAGGUAUUGACUUAAAACUUUGAGACAUUUUUAUUCUUAAAAUUUACUGUGAUAUUGUGAAAUAGCUCAAAAAACUCUUUCAGAUAGAAAUAAAGAACUGUGAUAUAGCUAAAAAAAAUCUCUUACAGGUAGAAAUAAAGAUGUUGAUAGGCAGCGUAUAAGGUCUUUAUUGACAGUUGAUAACUACCAAGUUCUACAUUUCAAAAGAAUUUUGUUGAAUAGUAACAUUUUAGUGUUUGCAUUUAUCUUUUAUGUAAGUUAGGCCAUGUGCUAUGAUUCAUGAUAAUCAGUGGUAUUUCAUGUCUAUAUAAGUUGCAUGAUCGUAAGGAGGACUAAUAGGGUCUUAACACUUGGUUUUGUGAUUCCAACAGGUAUGCAAAUUUUGAUUCCAUACCUCAUGUUUUUAUUUUGAUGUAAAUGAGAUGUGAAACCAAAAUUUGUAGUCCUGUUUGGCACCAUAUAACCUGUACUGUGUUGGUGCACCGUAAAACCCAAAUAAAUAAAUAAAUAUGUUCAAUUUCAGUUUUAUUUUUCUUGUUGUUUGUGUGUAUGUUUUUCUCUUGCUUUUACAAAUAAUACAGAUAUAUAUAGGUUAUUACCUUUGUAUCAGGAAUUAUGCACAAGUUUUGCAGCCGAAAUAUUGCACGACUUCAGGAGCACAGUAUUCUUUCGCUAAAGAACGAGUGCAUAUUUCCCGAUGCAAAGAUAAUAACCUUUUUUAUUACAUGCGUAUCUACACGUAUAAAUGUAAUGUAACGGUAAAUAUUGUGAAUUUCCUAAAUAAAGAUGAGCAAUAAAACAUUUAGUUAUACAUUGUAUUGUAUUGUAAAGUCCUUAAACAUAGAUAAUGCAGAUGUCAUGUAUCGGUAUAUUAGAUAGUUUGUCAUUUCGUUCUAGUAAGAUAUACUAUAAUUGUUGUCAGUUUAUUGUCAAGUAUGUGUUUGAUGUUUUGUUUUGCUUAUAAAAAUUGUAAGAUAUUUGUUAAUUUCUUUAAUUUGCUGAUUUCUGGAUAAUAUUCCUUAAAUAAUUAUAAGGGGUGUCAAAAUUAUUUUUUAUUGUCAGAAAAUGAAAAAUUGUAUAUCUUUUGAAUGAUUUAACGCAAUAAAAAAUGUAAGUCAAGAAAUGCAGAAACCGACAAAACAGAUUUACUUUUUCAAAUGUGGAAAAUUUCUCAUUUAGAUGUUUAUUUUCUUAUGAAGUCCAUUAAUUUGAAAGGUUUUAAGGGCAACAAGUUGCAACAGAAGUUUGAACUGUCAUGUAAGACAGUACUAAGUUAUUAUUAAAAUGGACGUUAUCAGAUACCAUUCUUUGAUGUAAAAAGAUAUUUGAUUUAUCUAGGCAUAAUAGCAUAAACUCUAUGAAUGUAACAUUGAGGUAGCAAAGGAUGAGGGAUUUAUUGAAUAACUGAGAAAUUUAUUAGCUGAUUGAGGGAAUUAUUGGUUAUGCUGUAUUUUUUUGUUGGGUGCAGGUUUUUUUAAAGUUAAUGUAUCCUCUUUUUAAAUGCUUCCUAAAGACAGUGAUUAUACUUACGAAAUUGCCAAUAAAAAUCUUCCUCCUUUCUAGCUCCAUUUUUGUACAGGGCAGAUCUGUAAUUUAUUCUAAUAUUUGUAAUGAAUAUAUAGGAAUGUUUGGAAUUCAGAAGCAUAAUUAUAUUCUUGUCCAUUAAACUAUGUAGAUUAGCCAGCAUACUAAGUAGUAUAUUUACUCUUCUGAAGCUACUAUCAAGUGAUUGCAAGUUGCAGAAUUAUAAUUACAUUGUUUUGUCUAGUAGUUUUUGUAUCUUGUAAAGUUAUUAUGGCUUGUUGUAAUUUUACCAAUGUUUGGAUAAUUGUUAAAAUUUAACACUUUAAUAUUUCUAAUUUUCUGUAUGUACUUAUAUUUUCUGCUGCCUCCAGCAGUUAUAAUUCGAAUUCAGAUAAUCCGUAUGAACUCAUCAUCAGAUCCCAACAAAAUCUCUAUAUGAUGUAUAAUUAUAGUGAUAACUCGAACUACCGAUAAUCCGAACAAAUUUUUACGAAACAAAGUUUGAUUAUUUGAAGAAACAAAAAGAAUGCAAUAGAAAAUAAAGAUAUUUUGGGAAUAUAUAAAAACAAAACUGGGAAUGGGGUCUAUCAUUUAACUAUUAAAAAUUGUCUAUGAUUUCUUUUGGAAUAUGAAAGAAAAAUAUAUAAAUAAAUCUAGACAGACAGAACAACAAAUUGGAAAUUAGUUCUUGUUCAGUUUAGACUUCGUAAAAUAUUCUUAAACAAUAUGAAACUACUCCUUUUUUUCUUCUAGAAAAAUACAAAAAAACGAAUAAAAUGUGAAAAAAUA